GUGUGCAUCACAGUGCAUGCACUUGUGUCACUGGGACAUCAAAUUGCACCAAUGCUGUAUAUAUAGAACAUUGCUAAUCAAAUUUCUUCAGUAUCAAAUCAUCCAGACCUCCUCCAGUUUAAGUCUUAAGAUGGUUUUCUUUAAAUCAUUCUCUUUCAUAAAAUUUGUCCUCAUUCUCUUUCGAGUUCUUCCCAAACAUUACAACAAACAGAAAGGCCUUCAGAUUAGUAGCGCCAGUGAUGUUUAUGUUGAAUCUUUUCCGCAAUUUAAGCAUCGGUGCUCAGAAUCUUCUGAGACUACUUUGAUCUUCAAUGUAGAAGGAACUUUGUUGAGAUCUUCUUCACUGUUUCCAUACUUCAUGUUGGUGGCUUUCGAAGCUGGUAGCAUCAUUAGGGCUUUACUUCUCUUGCUGUUAUACCCUUUUCUUCGUUUGAUUAGCGAGGAAAUGUCUUUAAAAGUUAUGGUUUUGGUGUGUUUCAUGGGGAUAAAGAAAGAAAGUUUCAGAAUUGGAAGCUCGGUUUUGCCAAAGUUUUUCAUGGAGGAUGUCAGUGCUGAAAGUUUCGCGGCUCUGAGGAUGGCUAAGAAGAAAAUUGGUGUGACUGAGUUGCCGCAAGUGAUGGUUGAAAGUUUUUUGAGGGACUAUAUGGAGGUUGAUGUUGUCGUUGGAAGGGAGCUAAAAGAAAUUGGUGGAUAUUAUGUUGGAUUAUACGAAGAAAAAGAGACGAGUAAACGAGCUCAAUGUGCAGAGGCAAAAUUGUUCAGAGAUGUUGCAGAACUCUCCAGUACUGUAAUUGGAUUAGAUAACAUCAGCUGUUCAACUCAAAAUCAGCUCUUCUCGGGUUGCAAGGAGAUUUACAUGGUGAGUGAAGCAGAGAAGCUGAACUGGAGUAUCCUUCCGCGAGACAGAUAUCCAAAGCCACUUAUAUUUCAUGACGGAAGAUUGGCCUUUAGGCCAACACCAUUAUCCAUCUUAGCCAUGUUCAUGUGGUUCCCUUUCGGUUUAGUUCUUUCUAUCUUCAGAAUCACAAUUGCAGUCAUUUUACCACUCAACGUAUCCCUUCCAGUUCUAUUUUUCUCAGGAAUUAAACUCAGGCUCCUGAAUUCUGACAGCUUAAAUAAUGCUGAUCAUGAUAUUAUUGGCCCUAAAGGAACUCUUUUUGUAUGUAAUCAUAGGACACUACUAGACCCCUUGUUUCUUUCUUUCGGUCUAAAGAAACCUGUUGCUGCGGUCACAUACAGCCUGAGCAGACUGUCUGAGAUGAUCUCCCCAAUCAGAACCGGAAGGUUAACUCGAGACCAUGAUCAAGACAGCAAGAUGAUGAAAGAGUUGUUGAAUCAUGGUGACUUGGUUGUCUGUCCUGAAGGAACAACUUGUAGGGAACCUUAUUUACUGAGGUUAAGUCCUUUGUUCACUGAAUUAAGUGAUAAUAUUGUCCCUGUGGGAAUGGACUCUCAUGUGACAAUGUUUCAUGGCACAACUGCUGGUGGAUCAAAGUGUUUAGACCCCUUUUUCUUCAUGAUGAAUCCUGACCCGAGCUACACAGUCCGAUUCCUCAACAGGGUUCGCGGUGCCUCGUUGUGCAAGCAGGGUGACAGAUCAAGAUAUGAAGUUGCAAAUGUUGUACAAAGUGAGCUUGGCAAGGCAUUGGGGUUUGAAUGCACUAUGCAUACAAGAAAGGACAAGUAUUUGAGCUUGGCUGGUAAUGAAGGACUUGUUUCUGCCUAAAAAUUCAGUUGGUGUAAUAUUCCCAUAAUGUUCCAUGCAAUAUCAUGUGAAGAUGAUCAUGACAGGAGUCUGGAGGUAAUUAAUUGUUUUUUCCUAUUAAGAGAGGGGUUUAUUUAUUUGUACUCCAGUUAAUCUCUAAGGAAUGUAACUUGAUAUGUAAUUAUCCUUAAGUGCAGUUUUUAAAGCUUGUAAAGAACUCCAGACAUUUUUAUUAGUUUUAUCCUCUUUUCUAAAAAUCCUGAUUUAUCAAAACCUCCCCUGUUCAUCUUCUAUUAAUCCUUAAAAUAUAUUUUAAGGAUUUAUGGAUUAAACUCCGAUUUGCUGCCGGAGUACCGUACUCACUUUAUUCUUCAUAUCUACUGGAGUACUGUUCGCAUUAUAUUCAACUAACUUGCUGUACCAGAA